AUGGCCGAAGACAGACAACCUGCCGAUAUUGUCGAGGGCGCCACCUCGGGCGAUGUGGAGGACGAAGUUCAGCCCACCGCCAAGUCGGCCGAGGACCGCAAGGCUGCGGCGGCUCUUUCCAAACUCGACGCCCGCGGAGACGACGAGGGCGCCUCCCGCGAGGUCGAUCAGGAGGCCGUGAAGAAUGCUAUGAGCUCGCUAGGCGGCGCCGCCGCAAAGAAGGAUGUUAAGACGGUCAAGGUGGAUGCGGCCGAUGUCAAGUUGCUCGUCGACGAACUCGAGCUCUCCAAGCCCAAGGCCACCGACCUGCUCAAAGCGCACGACGGUGACGCGGUGAAGGCCAUGAAGGCCUACCUCCAACCAAAUUUCUAA